UCCAGAGUUCUAGACCGCGGGUCUUGCAAUCCACUUCUUCUUCUUUUUUUUCUUUUUCUUCUUUCCGACUCUUCCAUCAAAGACUCUUGCAAAUGCAGUUCAACAUCGACAAGAUAGCAUGUGGCUAGCUUCCCUGCCUCACUGCACACCUUCUUCCAAUCACAACACCCCACCAUGGACACCUUCUUUUCUGCUGUUCUUGGUGAUCUUCUCAGCAGGUCUGUAUCCUUCCUGAUCAACAGAUACCACCAGCAACAGAAGGAUGCCGAGGAGAAUCAACAGCGGUUACACCGUGUGCUUCUGCGGAUCGAAGCCACAGUCGAGGAGGCCGACCGGAGGUGCAUCACAAACCAGGCGAUGCUGCUGCAGCUCAGGAUGCUGAGAGACGUGAUGUACAGAGGCUAUUACUUCCUCGAUAGCUUCAGGUACCGAAACAUCCAAGCACAUGCUCAAGAUGAGGUUGGUGAUCACUCUCUUGGCCUGUCCCAUUUCUGUCCAUUAAAGCGUUUCUGCAUCUCCACUAGAACAUGGAAAAUUCUGUCACAAGUUCUGGAGAAGAAAGAGCUGCAAGAGAUGCUUGAUCACCUGCAAGGCAUAGUUUCAGACAUGCAGGAGUUUGUUGUGCUUAUGAGCAGCUACCCUCGUAUGAGUCGCCAGCCUUAUGGCAGCUACUUGUUGCUGGAAAACUGCAUGUUUGGCCGCCAAAUAGAGAAGGAGAGGAUCAUCAACUUCUUGCUAGAACCACAUCGUCCUGCCGGUUCAAAAGGCAUUGAUGUGCUCCCAAUAAUUGGGCCUUGCAGAGUUGGGAAGACCACUCUUGUUGAGCAUGUCUGCCAUGAUGAAAUGGUUCGUAAAUGCUUCUCUAAAAUACUUAUGUAUGGCGCAGAUAGUAUUGAGUGUGGAGAAUUGGUGCCUCUUACUGAAAUCGGUGUAAUCAAACAUCGAAAUCCUGCAUCAACUGGACAAUCACUUCUUAUCAUUGAACUUGUCAAUGAUAUGGAUAAUGAAACAUGGACAAGAAUAUUGCACAGACUGAGAGGAGACCACUCAACACCUGUGGGUAAGAUCAUCAUAACAAGUCGAUCAAACAAGGUAGCAACCUUUGGAACAACGGAAGCACUUCAACUAGAUUUUCUCCCAGAAGAAGAGUUUUGGUAUUUCUUCAAGACGAUGGUAUUUGGGAGCGCAAAUCCUGAAGAAGAGCCGGAGCUAGCAGCCAUAUGUAUGGAGAUCGCUGCCUUGAUGAAUAGAUCAUUCAUGGGAACAUACAUCAUUGGUGACAUACUCAGGUCUAAUCUCAAUCCUCAAUUUUGGUACAAGUUUCUCGAAUGCUUUAAAUAUUAUACAGACAUUCAUAUCCGUGAGCUAGGCGAACAUCCAACUGAAACAUAUAAAAGGAUAAGUGGACACACUUGCGUUUGGACGCCUGAAAAUCGGUGUGUUACUGAAGCGACAUAUGCAUUGACAUACACUCUUUAUCAAGCAAGUUCUGAAGAUCUGAAUGAUCAGCCCAUGGUGCUAGCAAGCGAUGUUCUUGUUGGAAAUGUUCAGCUUCAAGGGAAAGUUGAUGUCCUGCAAUGGCGAUCGAAGAUACCACCUUACUACUGCUACAUGGCACAUUUCGAGGUACUUGCACGGCCGCUGCAUAUGCCGCCUAAAAGGAAGCGAUCCCGGUCACUGUCUGGACAGUUAGUUUGAUCUGAAAUCGUUGGGGUCACUAGAGUCUAGAGUUGGUUGAUCCAUAUGGCACAGGAAACAGUAUGGAUGCCGUAACAACAACUGAUAGUUUAGUUCAACAGAGAGUUUGCUCACAUGUUUCCCCCGUUUUGACAUUGUAAACUAAACUAUUAGCUAUGUACAUCUCUUUGCAUGGAUGUAAUGCCAUCUUCCCUUAUCUAAUCUUCGUUCCA